AUGUCGUCGCCUCUCCCGACUACCGCUCGACCACGGAUUCGUGAUUUGGGCUACAGUCCUGGAAAGUUUGCGCCGGGGCCAAAGAACUCAAUUCUUGAUGUACCAGGUGUACAAGUCGGCCAAGUAACCGUCCAUGAGGGCACCGACAUCCACACUGGAUUGACGGUAGUCCUGCCUCGCGGAAUAAAGGAAACUCGCCUUACGCCAUGCUAUGCGGCCACCCAUGACCUCAAUGGGAUGGGCGAGCUGACAGGUACUCACGCGCUUGCCGAAUAUGGUUAUAUCAACAUACCAAUCGCAAUCACCAACACCGUCAGCGUGGGUAAAGUCUAUGAUGGCCUUUUCCUGUGGGAAAUCGAGCAGGCUCGUAAAGAUGGAGAGGACGAUAUCGAAAGCCUACGACGAUUCUGUAUACCGGUUGUAGGAGAGACAUAUGACGGGCUCCUUAACGAUAUCAGCGCCUCCGUUUUGGAUAAAGACUCUGUUUACGCUGCUAUCGAAGCUGCUCAAUCGCAAACAGAGGUCUUAGAAGGCAACUAUGGCGGCGGUACAGCUAUGCGAUGCCAUGGAUAUAAGGGCGGAACCGGCACCAGCUCGAGAAUUGUUCCCGGUGCUGAUCGUGACUACACCGUUGGUGUCUUAGUUCAGGCUAAUCACGGCCAGAAACCUGAUCUGAGGAUUGGAAAUGUGCCAAUCGGCGAGUUACUUAUAGCUGAGGAAGCCAAAGCCAAAGGAAAGGCAGCGUCUAGCCAGCUACCCACGGGCGGCAAGGCAGCUGAAGGAAGCAUCAUUGUAUUAAUCAUAACUGACGCUCCAUUAUUGCCGCAUCAACUGCGACGUCUCGCUCAGCAUGCCGGAAUGGGUAUCACUCAGGUAGGAGGUCAUUCUGCGGGAAGGAACUUCUCGGGAGAGAUUUUCCUUGCAUUGUCGACAGGAACCUCACCAAACCAGCUUGCCACCGCAUCGGAUGGUCUUGGCUAUCUACCUCCACUAGAGAGUCAGCCUGUCGAAACUCUAAAGAACGAAACGAUUGAUACUCUUUUUUAUGUCGUAUCGGAAACCACAGAGGAGGCCAUCUUGAAUGCUUUGUGCAAGGCUGAGACUAUGGUGGGUUUCAAGGGCAGGACGACAAAAGCUCUACCAGUUGAUAGGGUGAAGGAGCUUUUGCAGCAAUAUGGCGUCGGACUGAGUAAAUAG